CUGCAUAAUCACAGUUUUCAUCCAAGUAACAUAAUGGAGCCUCGCAAAGCUUCCCCAUUAUCGUGGGUCUUGAUCUUCUUCCUUAGCAUUUCCUUGAGUGGAGUUAAGGUAUUAAGUGAAGAGCAGCACCAUGCCAAAUCUCAAGAAGGACCUGUGGUGGAAAGGGAUCAAAGGAGGACAUUACUUGUCACUGAAUUCGGAGAGAUCACUGCCAUUGACAUCAAGGAAGGACAAAAGGAACUGCCCUACCAUCUUCGGUUCAUCACAUUGGAGCCAAACUCGCUAUUUCUCCCUGUGCUUCUCCAUGCAGAUAUGGUCUUUUAUGUUCAUACAGGGAGUGGAAAGCUGACUUGGGCAAAUGAUGAUGGUACUAGUACGAUUCGUUUACGCGAAGGAGAUGUCUGCAGUCUCAAGGAAGGAUCUGUUUUCUAUAUACAGAGCAACCUAGAGGCUGAGAGAAGGAAACUUAGGAUUUAUGCAAUGUUUACCAAUACGGACGACAAUACUUACGAUCCAUCAAUCGGUGCUUACUCAAGGAUCAAUGAACUGGUCAAAGGCUUUGAUACGAAAAUCAUGCAAGCAGCUUUAAAGGUGCCGGAAGAUUUGAUUGAAGCAAUCAUUAACAAGACGGAGACUCCAGCUAUAGUGCAUGCAGUUCCAGAGAAGCGGAAUAUCCUCCAGGAGCUGGAGGCUUCGUUUCUUAAGAACUUUUUAGGCAUUGGGUCCAACUCCAAGAAACUCAAAACAUACAACAUCUUUGAUCAUGACCCUGACUUCAAAAAUCCCAAUGGUUGGAGCACAGCAGUGACCAAAAAGCAACUAAAGUCAUUGAAGCGGACCAACAUUGGAUUUCUGAUGGUGAAUUUGGCCAUGGGAUCAAUAUUGGGGCCUCAUUGGAACCCGAAGGCAACAGAGUUGGUAGUGGGAGUAGAUGGGGGAGGCAUGGUCCGAGUAGUAUGUGGAAGCAGCAAUGAAGAUGAGACAGAAUGCCAAAACAUGAGGUUUAAGGUUAAGGAAGGUGAUGCUUUUCUGGUGCCUAGGUUUCAUCCAAUGGCUCAGAUGUCAUUCAAUGAUGGACCAUUUGUUUUUCUCGGCUUCAGCACUUCAGCAAAGAAAAACCAUCCUCAAUUUUUGGCGGGAAAGGGGUCAGUGCUUCAUAUUCUAGACAAAAGGAUACUGGCUACCUCUUUCGGUGUGAGUAACAGAACCAUUGACCAGCUUCUGCGUUCUCCCGAGGAUUCCAUCAUUUUUGGGUGCAGUUCCUGUGCAGAGGAAGAGGAGAAGAUAAUGAAGGAUGAGGAAGAGAAUAGAAAGAGAGAGGAGGAAGAGAAGGAGAAGAAGAAGGAAGAGGAGGAAGAGAAGAGAAAGAGAGAGGAGGAAGAGGAGAGAAAGAGAGAGGAGGAAGAGGACGAGAAGAAGAGAAGGAGAGAGGAGGAAGAGGAGAGAAAGAGAGAGGAGGAAGAGGACGAGAAGAAGAGAAGGAGAGAGGAGGAAGAGGAGGAGAAGAAGAAGGAAGAGGAGGAAGAGAAGAGAAAGAGAGAGGAGGAAGAGGCUAAAAGGCAACAAGAAGAGAGGGAAAAGAAGCGAGAGGAGGAGGAAGCUAGGAGAGAGAAAGAAAGGGAAAGAGAAGAGGAGGCAGAAAGGGAGCAAGAACAAGCUAAAAGAGAAGCAGAAGCAGCAGCACAGAGGGAACAAGAACAAGCUAAAAGAGAGCAAGAAAGGAGAGAAAGGAGACGGCAAGAAGAAGAAGAUGAAGAAGAACCAACACGGUGGGAGAGAAGAGGAAGAAGAGAGAAGGGGAAAAGUCCAGAAGGAGUAGAAUGGGAGCAAGAAGAAGCCAGGAGACAGCAAGCAGAGAGUGAUAGACAAGUGGAAGAGCAAAGCCACAGGAACAGCUUUGAAGGAAGGAGAGCUUUGAAAAUAAGGAACGUUUGAUUCCCUCUUAAGACUUAGACUCCUGGUAUGUAUUACAAUAAGAGCUUCUUUUUAUGUCUUUGUCACGUUUUUGCUUCCGUUUGUUUUUUAUGACUGGUUGUUACAAAGUUGAAGACCAAUGUUUCAUGAAGCUUGUAGUUGAUUAGUCAUUUAGCACAAAUAAGUGAAUCUGGCUUCUCUAAA